UGGAACAACAUUUUACAAACGUACAGCCACAGGAGAAUAAGAUUGAUGAUCUAAGGGCAAAAUUGCUUUAUAGUUAAGAAAUGAGGAAUUGAUGUGUUCUGUAUUUUGUGGAGACAUGGCUCACUUCAGACACGCUGGAUAUGUAACAAAAUAUCUGAAGGCUUCUUGAUACACCAGAUGGUCUGGAAAGCUGAUUUAAACAAGGUAAAAUGUGGGACCUAUGUUUAAUGAUAAACUCUUUGUGCUGCUCAGACUCAGCACUCCUUUCGCAGGCUCCUCCACACAUGGAACAUCUGAUCUUUAUGUGCCCUCUGUUGUAGUUGGCAAGAGAGUACUCCCGCGUGAAGCUAUACUGAAAAUAGCAUCAUAGUUUGCAUACUGACGAAAACAGAUACUUAAAAAUCAAUCGAUGUAUUGAAUGCCUCAAUUAACAAACAGGAAACAGCUUACCCUGCCGCCUUUCUACUAAUUGUCAGGGACUUCAGUCAAGAUUGUUUAAAGAAAACCCUGCGCAAAUAAUUCAGUAUAUCAGCUGCAGCGUUACGAUUCUCAACACACUCAGCCACCGUUAUCUACCGUUCCAUGCCUGGACUGCAGUUCAGGGUAUCUGAAGAAUUAGUUCUCCUCAUCUUACCUGCUUAGAGUAUAAGACUAAUGAGCAUGGAUCCAGAUUCAAAGAUAACUGAGAAAUGGCAAACUCACGCGGGAGCCCAACCCUGACCGUGGAAAGCAUCGCUUAUUUUUUUACAAGCUGCAUCUUUCCUAUGUUGGUGACUAAUGUGGUUUACCUUGACAAAUCCACACGGGAGGAGAUUUCCAUUUCAGCAACGGGCACAGUAAAUUGUUCAAAUGCGAGAAGCCUCGGACUCAGGAGUGAUCGACAUCUUGGACUGAAUUCCUUUCUCUUGAGCAAUAAAGCAUAGUGUUAUCCAUCUUGGUGGAACCCCAAGUACUGUCAUCACCGAUAAUAAAAGUCAAGCAAAAUAAUAAGAUAUGUAAAAUAACAGGGCGCAGAACAUACGCAAUCUUACGACUCAAAGGCCUCACUCGUUCGGCUUGAGGAUGCACUGCUGUAGACACGACAACCUUUCUCGUCUGUUGUAGGCAGAGUUGUCUCCAUCCCACUCGACUGAAUCUGCCCCAACUUAUCCUUCCUUUACCACAACUUCAACACAGGCUCUGGAGAUUCUGCAGAUGUUGAAAAUCUUGAGCAAAACACUCAGAAUUUGCCUUUGUAACUCUGCAGGUCAGACAACGUCUAUGGAGGGGAAUAGCAUUCAACCUGUUGGGUCAAGACAUAUCAUCAAGACACCCAUCCUGAGGUGCUGACAAUUUACUCCUCUGCAUAUUUGCUGCUGAACUUGCUGAGUUCCUUCUGCAUUGUGUUCGACCAUCCAUAGCCCUUGGUCAAAGGAAAUCCGAGUUACCAGCAAAGAGCUCACCACCUUUCCAAUUCUGAGUUCUAUAUGUCCUACAUUUUAUUUGCAAAAUAAACCAUGCUACGUUCCGGGUCAGCCAAGUUAUUUUGUAAUUGUUUCCCUCAUAAAUAAAGCCUGCUGGGCUGCAAUUACUCUAUUUUUUUCAGUUUCUCUUCCUCUAUCGGGGAUUCAUUUGUGUUGCUGGAGGGAAGCAAGAACUGUCAGCUGUGCAAUUGGUAUCGACUCAUUCAGGCACUACUUGUCCCAAAAUAAUAAUCAUUGUGUAAAUAAGGACGGAACCACCUACUCUGCGCCCAUACAACUAUCUUCUAUGAUUUCUUACAGGAAAAUCAUAUUCCUUUUAGCAGAGCUAUCUCAUAGCAUUCGCUGAUGCACAAUGCCUCGCUUUGCAUCUAUGUGUGACAAAGCAGGUGAUCUUGCUUCUGUAAUACAUUCUGUUUACUGUAUUUCACCUGCUCCCCUUGCUAGAAUUCUUAGUUCAAACACAUAGUUCAUUAGAAUAUAGUAUCAUGAAUUGUACAGCUCAGCACCGAUCCCUGUUGUGUGCUACUCGUCAUAGACAACAAGCCGAGAAAGACCGGUCUACCACCCAUGCAUGUGUAUAAACACGGCGAAGCAAUGACUUUAAAAUCAUUCGAGAGGAAAGCUUCCUUUAUCUUUUUAAUGAGAGCUUACUUCUGCAAUUGAUGAACGUUAAGUAAAAUACAUAUGAAUGUAAUUACAAUAUUACCAGUGUCCCUCAAUAUACACUAACACUAUCAAUUAUUCUUGCAAUCAGUGUUAACCAAAGUAAUACACACAUGUAAAAUUCCGUAAUUCUGCUGUGCAGAGUAGUUGCUUAAUAGUGAUAGGCGAUAAACAUAAACAUCACAGGAAAACGAUACUGGAGAAACAGAAAUGGAUGACAAGGAAACACCAGACAAAUUAAAUACGAAUUUUAUCUAAGUCUUCACUGUGAAAGUUUCAGGCGUCAGGGGUCAUGAAGUAUGUGAUAAACGUUUCUGGAGAGAAGUCACCGACGCAUAUUAACUGAAUCUGCAAGCAGCCAUGUGGUUCAGCCGGGAGAAGGCCACAUUUAUAGCAAUAUACCUCUCGGGCUGAUAAAAUAUUGAGUUCAACAAAAAUGGAUGUCGACAUGUUCCUAUUAAAGGAACCUCGUUUUAUGCAAAUGCUGUGUUAAUACUGUUCGUACGCAAUCAUCGGUCGCUAAUAUGACAGAUCGUACAUCAGCAUAAAAUCAAACCGAUAUAUUUAUUAGUUUUCAACUUUAUCAACCAGUCAGUAUAAAAAUAAGGAAGAAUGAUAAUCUGUUACAGUUAAAUCAGUCUCAAUGUCCUUCGUUCGAGAAGGGUUUCUUGCAACAGGAACUUCCCUUCAGAUUGGAUCCUCCAGGCAUCUUCCUUGAUUCUAUCCUCGUCACAUCCCCAACCAAAAGAACCUAAACCAGAUUAAUGUCCAUUAGGAAUCACUCCUCACCCAGCUCGUGGAACUUUGUUUCCAUCACAUAUCCUUAUUGGAUGACACAGCAUUAUCAAGUUGGAAAACCUGGCUCCUUAUCUUUAGCUGAAGCAAAAAUACUAUCACCAUCAGAACACAUGGCUAUUACCAAAAAGAGCUGAAAUAAAUUGCCACACCAUGUCACAGUAGAAAUCUUAACCAGGGCUUUACCGAUAAGGGAGUCCGAGUAGAGCACACAGCCUCAGAAUAGGGGGUUGCGGGCAUGUUUUUACAAAGGAGAUGAGGAGGAACCUCUGGAAAGAAAGUGGUGAAUCGGUGAAAUUUAUUGACACAGACCAAGUCAUUGGGUAUAUUUAAGGCAGAAGUUGAUAGAUUCUCGAUUACUCAGGGACAUAGAGAGAAGACAGGAUACAGAGGCAGAGAAUGGCCUAAUUCUGUUCCAAUACCUUUUUGGUCUUAUCGUCCUAAGGUUCACCUUAAUGAAAGUCAUGUUAUGCAAAACCAGCCUGUCCCGAUGUGCAUCUAACUGUGUUUGUAACUUCAUUGAAAAUUGCUCUUUAUGUUAAUAUCUUCAGUACAUUGACCGGGGCCUCUCUGAACCAAGAGGCCGACAUGAAGCACUUUAAGAUGCUUCUCAGAAAGUGCGCAGGUAGUACCACUAGAGCUGGAAACAUGUUGAGCUUUGCGUUGGGAACUGAACCGAGGUUGGUUACUGGCCAUGGAAUGAGAGACACUAAUCUCUACCUGUACCACGUCAGUUCGUUCAUAUCCUUCUGCUAAACAGAAUAUCGGUUUCAGUUUCCCUGAAUCACAAACCACGCAUGCCACAGAUGUUCAACAGAAACACAAGGAAGUGCUGCGGAUACAAACAGAAACACUGAGGAUGAACACGAUCUCAAAGGGGGAGAAGGUGAAGAUUUUCCAGCUGCUUGAUCACUACGCUGAGCUAACAGUCAUUUCCACAGUUCGAGAUCGAAGACUGGUGGAACAUGAGCUGCUGGCAAGAGGCCGAAAACACGAGGAGUUCAGACAGCAACAUCUCAAGGGAGAUUUGAAAAAAAUCGGGACUGAUCAAUUGUUCGAGAGCAGAUUAUUCCUGACGAAAUCCAAAUCUGGGAGUUCAGCAGCAGUGGCUGGAGUCCCGGGGAUUGGGAAAACAACAAUGGUACAAAAAAUUGUUUAUGACUGGGCCACGGGGAAAAUAUACCAACAGUUCCAGUUUGUCUUCAGUUUCAGAUUCCGGGAUUUAAACUCCAUUAACACUAGAGUAAACCUAAGGGAACUGAUUCUGGAUCAGUAUCCUUACUUUAAGAAUUUCCUGACAGAGGUCUGGAAGAAAUCAGAGAGGGUACUGUUUAUAUUCGAUGGUUUGGAUGAAUUCAAGCACACAAUCGAUUUUUCUGACAAUCGGAGAGAUACAGAACCCAUGCACCAGUGCCCAGAUCCCGAGUGGUGGUGUGAAGUGUCUGACAUUGUGUACAGUUUAAUCCAGGGCAAGCUGCUCCCAGGGUGUUCAGUGCUGGUGACCACACGCCCCACUGCGUUACAGUUAUUGGAAAAGGCGGAGAUCAGUGUUUGGGCUGAAAUCCUGGGAUUUUCCGGUGAGGAACGGAAGGAAUACUUUAUCAGAUAUUUUAAAGAUCAGACAGUGGCGGAAGCUGUUUUCGAACACAUGGAGGAGAACGAGAUCAUGUACACCAUGAGCUACAACCCCUCGUACUGCUGGAUCCUCGCUCUGGUACUGGGCCACUUCUUCACACAAAGAGUCACGGACCCGCAGCGAGUUCCCAAGACCAUCACACAGCUGUAUUCCUACUAUAUUUACAACAUCUUGGAAAACCAUGGCCGUGAGGUUGAAAACCCCCGUGAUGUGUUACUCAGGGUUGGUCAGAUGGCCUUCAGAGGAGUGGCUGAAAAGAAGAUUGUAUUUACAAAUGAAAAUUUGAUCAAAUACAAACUGCAGUCUUCCCAGUUCCUGUCCGGGUUCCUGAUGGAGCUUUUGGAGAGAGAGGAUUCUGGUCGGAGCGUGGUGUACACAUUCCCACACCUCACCAUCCAAGAGUUUGUAGCCGCUCUCGCACAAUUCCUGGAUCCACAAACCGGAAAUAUCCUGAAAUUCCUCACUGAAGUCCGCAGUACGACUGACGGCAGAUUUGAUGUAUUUCUCCGGUUUGUUGCCGGACUCUCCUACCGAAUGACAACUUGGAGGCUGGCAGAGAUUCUGGGUCCAUUUCCUCAAGAAAUUGUCUGUGGAGUUAUUGACUGGGUGAAGGAAGAGGUGAAACGCCAGACUGGGAACGCAUCAAGUGCGAUUGCUAAAAGGAAACUACUGAACACAUUGCACUACCUGUUUGAGUCUCAAAAUCGUGUAGUGGCUCAGGAGACACUCAGGAAUGUGGAAAAACUUUCAUUCAGUGGACUGCGACUGACGCCAAUUGACUGUGCUGCCCUUUCUCAUGUCAUUGGGCUUUGCAAUACAAUAAAACAUCUCAAUCUGGAGCAAUGUUACAUUCAGUGUGAGGGACUCCAGCGGCUGGAUCCAGCGCUGCACAAAUGCCUGGAUUUGAGACUGGGUUCUAAUGAACUGGGAGAUUCAGGAGUGAAAUUCGUGUCUGCGGCUCUGAGGAACCCGGAAUGUAAAAUACAGAAACUGUGGAUAGACAGAAACAGUCUCACAGAUUCUUGCGCAGGGAACCUUGCCUCCGCUCUCAGUACAAACCGAUCACUAACAGAAUUAUAUUUGCGUGGAAAUAACCUGGGAGAUUCAGGAGUGAAAUUGAUGUCUGCGGUUCUGAGGGACCCAGAGUGUAAAAUACAGAGACUGUGGUUGGGAGAAAAUAGUCUCACAGAAUCUUGUGCCACAGAUCUCGGGGAUGCUCUUAGUAAAAAUGACUCACUGACGAUGUUGGAACUUGGUCGCAAUGAACUUCGGGAUUUGGGAGUAAAACUGGUGUCAGCAUCUCUGAGCAGCCCAGCCUGCAAAUUAAAGCAACUGUGGCUGAGGGAUGUCGGUCUUACAGAUUCUUGCAUCGAGGAUCUUGCGUCUGCUCUCAUGAGCAACCUCUCAUUGAACGACCUGGACCUGGGUUCGAAUUCCCUCACAGACAGAUCUGUCCCCGCACUUCAGAGAUUGAUACUUGAGCACCCAAGUUUGCAUCAGUUCGGGCUAAGGAACAAUCCAUUCAGUUCAGAUAGAGAAAAUCAGUUGAAAUCGCUGCAGGAGAAGAGACCUGGACUACGUGUGGACCUAUAAACACAUCAGUAUAUCAAAAAAUGGGAAUGUUUUGCCCAAUUCCCCACCUUCCACUUUAAACAGAUAAUGCAGAAAGAUUUGGACAGGACAUCCGCUGUUUGCAAGAUGUGUUAAUAUUUUUGAUGGAAAAUGCUGGUUUUCUGAUUAUUAUAUUUGCAGAUAGCACAGAAUUGAUCAAGUUUUGGAAAAUGUGGGAGAUUCACAAAGGCCAAAGCAGAUGGAUAUAUUAUUUGGAAAUUUGAGAGGGCAAAACUGCAUAGAUAGCAUCAUUAGUGGCACUCGGGGGCAGACCCCACCGUAUAUUCAGACUGUCACAGUAUGUUUUGAUGUACACGUGACCUGCACAGCUAAUGUAUAACAAUAAAAUGUGUGGUUU